UCUUCCCUCAAUCUCAUCAAACCUCCUUUUUCCUCCCAUGGCUUCUCAGAAAAAGGGUGAGCCUGAAGCAGAUUUUUUCACUGAAUAUGGAGAGGGAAGCCGAUAUCAAAUUCAGGAGAUCAUCGGGAAAGGAAGUUAUGGGAUUGUUGCUUCUGCAAUUGACAACCACACGGGUGAAAAGGUUGCAAUAAAAAAGAUUAAUGAUGUCUUUGAGCAUGUUUCUGACGCGACACGGAUUUUGAGAGAAAUCAAGUUGCUGCGGUUGCUGCGGCAUCCUGAUAUCGUAGAAAUAAAACAUAUAAUGCUCCCUCCAUCCCGGCGGGAAUUCAGAGAUAUUUAUGUUGUUUUUGAGUUGAUGGAAUCUGAUCUUCACCAAGUAAUUAAGGCCAAUGAUGACUUAACUCCCGAGCAUCAUCAGUUUUUCUUAUACCAGCUUCUUCGCAGUCUCAAGUAUAUACACUCAGCAAAUGUAUUCCAUCGAGAUUUAAAACCAAAGAACAUCCUUGCUAAUGCUGACUGUAAGUUGAAGAUAUGCGAUUUUGGCCUUGCUCGAGUGUCAUUUAACGAUGCCCCAUCUGCCAUUUUUUGGACUGACUAUGUAGCGACCCGCUGGUAUCGUGCUCCUGAACUCUGUGGAUCAUUUUUCUCCAAAUACACUCCUGCAAUUGAUAUAUGGAGCAUAGGAUGCAUAUUUGCUGAUAUACUUAAAGGAAAACCAAUAUUUCCUGGAAAAAAUGUGGUGCACCAAUUGGAUCUCAUGACUGAUAUGCUUGGCACUCCCCCUCCUGAAUCCAUAUCAAGGAUUAGAAAUGAAAAGGCAAGGAGGUACCUUAGUAGCAUGCGUAAAAAACCACCCGUUCCUUUCUCACAGAAGUUCCCUAAUGUGGAUCCUAUGGCUCUUCGCCUACUUGAGCGCUUACUUGCAUUUGAUCCAAAAGAUCGUCCCACGGCUGAAGAAGCUUUAGCUGAUCGAUAUUUUUAUGGUUUGGCAAGUGUGGAUCGUGAACCAUCCACUCAGCCCAUUUCGAAACUAGAAUUCGAGUUCGAAAGAAGGAAAUUGGCAAAAGACGAUGUCAGAGAACUGAUUUAUCGAGAGAUAUUAGAGUAUCAUCCCCAGAUGCAGCAGGAGUAUCUCCGCGGCGGGGAUCAGACCAACUUUAUGUACCCAAGUGGUGUUGAUCGAUUCAAACGACAAUUUGCACAUUUGGAGGAACAUUAUGGUAAAGGUGAAAGAAGUACUCCACUUCUAAGACAUCAUGCUUCUUUGCCUAGAGAGCGAGUUCCUGAACCCAAGGACAAGAAUGAUCAUCAAGAUGGCAGUGAGAAUAAUGCAGCUUCAAUAUCACAAGAUGGUUCAGAAAACUCUAGUGCUCGUAGCCUCCUAUUGAAAAGUGCUAGCAUCAGUGCCUCCAAGUGCGUUGUUGUGAAAGAAAAAGAUGACGCCGAGGUUAAUGCUGAUGAAAUCACUGAUGAGACAGUUACUGGCUUGUCUGAGAAGGUUGCAACUCUUAAUGUUUGAUCAAACCGCUUUUGAGGGAUGUAGUUGGCUUGGUGUGUUACCUGUUUUUGCCCCAAGGCUAAUUCACAGUGAUUUGCUCCAAACCAUUUUCUUUUCCCCCCUCUUCGGAAAGAAGCUAACAGUAGGAUUAUGACAACGUUCACAGUUCAGAUAAGGCUUCACCUGUGAUGUUGCUCUAUUUACAUUUGAAGAAAGCAAGAGAUGUAUUUGUUCUUUUGUGAGCUUCAGAAAUGUCUAGUAAGGUAGUAAGAAUUUUGAUUUUAAAGAAAAAGAAAACUCUGUAUACUAUUUUUAUUUGAAUCA